AUGCUACAAACGGCGCCGUUCUUCGUAACAUUCUUCCUCUACAUCUUCCGCCUCCUCUUCAGGAACCCACCGCCGAAACCCCUCCGCCGCAGCCUCAGCCUCAGCCACCCCUACGCCGCCGUCCACUCCGGCACCAAAACAACCUACCACAAGUUCUCAUCCCUCCGCCGCGACGACGACCCCAACCCCACCACCGCAGUCGUCAUCGACGUGGAAGGAGCUCUCCUGAAAUCCACCUCCAUGUUCCCUUACUUCAUGCUGGUGGCAUUCGAGGCCGGCAGCUUCGUCAGAGCUGCCGUCCUCCUCCUCUUCUACCCCUUCCUCCGCCUGCUAACCCUAGCAGGCGGACAGGGAGGGGAGCUCGAGCUGAAGCUGAUGGUUUUCAUCAGCUUCUUCGGGCUCACGCAGAAAGAUUUCAGCGUGGGGAGCAGCGUGCUCCCCAGGGCCUUUUUGAGUGACGUGGCGCUCGAGGCCUUCGAGGCCGCGAAAGGCGGCGGCCGCGGCGGAGGGAAGGUGGUGGCGGUGUGUGGGAAGCUGCCGAGGGUGAUGGUGGAGAGUUUUUUGAAGGAUUACUUGGAGGUUGAGUUUGUCGUGGCUAGGGAACUUAGGGUGGUGGGAGGGUAUUUUGUGGGAGCGUUGGAGGAGGAUUCCGGCGGCAGCGCCGGCGACGUGGUGAGGGCGAUCGGCGGUGGUGGUGAUGGUGAUGAUGAUCGGCCGGUUGGGAUUGCUAGGUUUAGUAGGGAUCUCGACGAUCAUUGUAUUUUCUCUCUUUGCAAGGAGAUUUACUUGGUGAGAAGGGCCGACAAGGCCAGCUGGCGAAAUCUCCCCCGUGAAAAAUACCCCAAGCCCCUCAUUUUCCACGACGGCCGCCUCGCCGCCGUGCCGACGCCGCUCUCCUUCCUCGCGCUCCUCGUCUGGACUCCCUUCGGCCUCCUCCUCGCGGCGGCCCGCCUCGCCGUCGCCAUCACCCUCCCCUACACCUUCUCCGUCCCCAUCCUCUACUUCUCCGGCUUCCGAACCGUCAUCACCCAAACCGCCACGUCACCACCAAACUCCUCCGCCGCCGCCGCGGCGGCGCAGAAAAAGGGUCAGCUCUACGUCUGCAACCACCGCACCUUGCUGGACCCGCUCUACCUCUCCUUCACAAUGAACAGAAAAUUCACGGCCGUGACGUACAGCCUGAGCCGGGUCUCCGAGCUGCUCUCCCCGAUUCCGACCGUCCGGUUGAACCGGGACCGGGUUCGGGACGCGGAGAUGAUGGACCGGCUGUUGGGCCGGGGUGAUCUCGUGGUCUGCCCGGAGGGGACCACGUGUCGGGAGCCGUAUCUCUUGAGGUUCAGCCCGCUUUUCGCGGAGCUGACCGACGAGGUGGUCCCCGUGGCGAUGGAUGUCCACGUGGACAUGUUUUACGGGACCACCGCGAGCGGGCUGAAGUGUUUGGAUCCGCUGUUUUUUCUGCUGAACCCCAGGCCCGAGUAUUGUAUCCGGGUUCUGGACCCGGUGUCGACUGGGCUUCGGCCCGGUGGGAAUGAUGGGCCGUCGAGGUACGACGUGGCGAAUCGGGUUCAGCGAAGGAUUGGGGAUGCGUUGGGGUUUGAGUGCACAAAGCUGACGAGGAAGGACAAGUACAUGGCUUUGGCGGGGAACGAAGGGAUUCACUACAACCCAUGAUUUUUUGCGUGACAGAUUGUGGUGCUUACAACGGCAUUUGUAACGACUUGUUUACGACGAGCAUAAUUGUUCGAUUAGGCGUUAUGCGAUUGUUGGAUGAAAGCGGAG